AUGUUCAGGACAGCUCUCAUUGUUGGCUCUGUUGGAACAGCUCAUCCAGGGGACGGUUUGGGGAUUUAUGUGAAAAGUAUCAUACCAGGCAGUGCUGCGUACCACAAUGGCCAGAUUCAAGUGAAUGACAAGACAGUUGCUGUGGAUGGUGUGAAUACUCAGGGCUUUGCUAACCAGGAUGUCGUUGAAGUACUAAGAAAUGCAGGGCAGGUGGUGCAUCUAACUCUAGUUCGCAGGAAAACAUCUUCAACUGCUUCUCCAUUUGAACAGCCUUCAGACAGAGGAACUGUUGUAGAACCUCCCAAAACAUCAACCCUAUUAAUUGGAGCUGUGAAAACAGAAACUGAUUUGGAUAUCGAAGCAGAGGAAAUUGGAGAAAGACUAGAUCAUCUAAAAAAGGAAAACAUACAAGGCUUAGAAAAAUCAGAAAAAGCUCCAGGCUUUCCAGAAAAUGAGCUGAAAUCCAGAUGGGAAAACCUACUGGGCCCUGGGUAUGAAGUAAUGCUGCUGCCUAUCCACACUCUGAGGCUUAGUAUGGAAGUGGAUUCCUUUGAUGGGCACCAUUAUAUCUCUUCAAUUGCUCCUGGUGGUCCUGUAGAUACUCUGAACCUCCUACAGCCUGAAGAUGAAAUUUUUGAGGUCAAUGGCAUGCAGCUAUAUGGGCGAUCUCGCCAAGAAGCAGUCUCCUUUCUUAAGGAAGUUCCCCCACCUUUCACCUUGGUUUGCUGUCGCCAGCUGUUUGAUGACGAGGCCUCAGUCGAUGAACCGAGAACUACAGAACCUUCUCUUCUGGAGAUGGAAGUAUAAAGGGCUGAGCUGUGGUUUCUUUCUAUUGUGCAUCCACUCAACAAAGGCGCCCCAAAGAGGGUGUUACUAUGUAAAGGGAGGGCACCUACCUACUCCACAUUUUUUAUUUGCCAAAGGCAACAAUGAACUUUUCAAAUUCUGAUUUUUUUCCGUUUGACCUUCUAAAACCCUCUGAAAAUGUUGGUGACAGUAUUAUACAUUCAAUUUGAUUUUAGAGAACUUUAAACAAAUAAUUUUUAAUUAAUUGCCUGGAUUCAUGGCUGUUAACAUCUAUUUCAGCUCAUUUCAUCCUACUAAGGUUAGGGUAUUGGUGAGUGUGCACUAUCUAAGUGUCUUCCCUUUCUAAGAGCCUUGAAAUUCUGAUCAGUUUCAAAGUGAGUUUAGAAGUUGCCAGAAACACACAAGGUCAGAACAUGGACCAACACACUCUUCCUCUGAGGUUAGAACUCUCCUGCUGAGAGUGCUCUAAUUGUGGAAGGAGCUGUGAGUGCAUGUGCUGUCAUCACCUGCCCUUUGGAGCCUCAUAUUUUAUGCCACUUCCUGUCUAUUCCAGAAUGUUGGUGCCAAGUCCAUUCAUUGCAGUUUAAAUGCACAAGUCUUUCCUUUUGCCUGCCCAGGCUUUUGACUUGUAAUUUAACUCAGUUUAUCUUUUGAAGUUGUGUAGACCUUAGCUUAGUGUUUGGGAGUCUUUGAGCAAAUGACUGCUUUCUGUUCCUGUCCUUCUGAAGUAUGGUGCUGCUCACAGAACAGUCCUCAUGAGUUCAUGUGAGAAAGAAAAAAAAAGUAUUGCGUGCAAAGUUCUUAGCAUUAUCUCUGCACAAGGGGAGCUCUGUGAAGGCCACUGGGGAAUGUCCCUGACCCUUCCCACCCGCCGCCACCUUUGUUUCCCACUGACUAAAUUACAGGAGAGUCUAGUGCCAUCUUGCAGUCUAGUGGUAUAAUAGAUCCUUUAGCACAGAUGAAUCUUGCUUUUCCAAGAAAAGCAGCUCUUUGUGACAUAGGCCAUUUCUUACAAUUGUCUGCUAUCUCAUGUUCUGUACUGCAUAUGUAAGAGGAACUUAAUGAUUAUUGAUUGGCAGCCUUUUUGUUUGUUUGUUUGAGACAGGGUCUCCCUGUAGUCCCAGCUGACCUGGAACUCACUAUGUAGAUCAGGCUGGCCUUGAACUCACAGAGACCCACCUGCCUCUGCCUUCUGAGUACUGGAAUCAAAGGCAUGCACACCAUCACGUCAGCCCCCCCCCCUUUUUUUUAAAGAGAAGAUUUCACUACAUAGCCUAAGCUAACCUUGAACUGAACUCACAAUCUUGCCUUUAUCUCUCCGGUGCUGACAUUAUUGGUGUGUGCCUCCAUGCUUGGCUAAUAUCUGUUUUAAUGUAAGAAGAAAAAAUUUCAAGGAAGGACUCAAACGACAUACUUUGUGUUGUUUGCUGUUCUCAGUAAACUGAAAUGUGUUGGUGACUUCCCUCAGAAGGUUGAUAGGAAAGAAUUCCUUUAAUCUAAUUCUGUAGGGGUGUAAAUCAUCAUCUGAGUUCUCUGACUCUGUGUGCUCAUCUGUCAUAUUGUCCUGUAACACAGUGGUGAACAACAGCCUGAAUUAUGCCAAAUGUCAACUUUGGUGUCCAUUAGUCGAUUGCUUUCCAUUCUGUUGAUACAAGAGUUAUGCAGAAUUGGUUAUAUCAAAGUGAUAUAUUUCAGAACAUGCACCUGGGAUGCCUUGAAAUUUCUAUAAUCUUGAUUUUUGUGAUUAUAUGUGGUCCCUUAAAAUCUUGACUCUCCUUCUGUUCUCUUUUUUCACUAAUACCAUCUUCUCCUCUUUUUUAAGAUUUAUUUUUAUUCCUGUGUGUCUCUGUGUGUAUGCCAUGUGUGUGCAGAUGCCUGUUGGAGACCAGAAGAGGGUGUCGGAUCCUCUAGAACUGAAGUUACAGGUGGUUGUGCAUGAACUGCCAUGUGUGGAUGCGCAGAACCAAUCUCAUGUCCUCUGAAAGGCCAGUAUGUGCUCUUUACUACUGAGCUCUCUCUUCAGCCCCUAUUUGGUUAGAUGGUUCAGCUACAAUUCUAAUUCUUAUUGACCAGUGAAUAUGCUCCAGUAAAUGCCAAUCAUAUUGUAUUAUCAAAUGGAGCAUUGUAUCGAAAGAUUUCAUUUCUUUUUAAGAAUAUUACUUCCUGGGCUGGUGAGAUGGCCUGGCAGGUAAAGGUGCUUUGCUGUGCAAGCCUGGCGACCUGAG